AGUUGGACUGAACAGAGGGGCAAGUGGACUUUGAGCAACUCAAUUCAAUCUCUCAAAGUAGGCAUUUGUGUAAAGAGACAACGAUGGUGAGAUAUCUGGCAUUGGGUAGUUCUCUUGGUUAAUGUCUUUGGGCAUAAGUGAACGUCCAAGUCAUGUUUCUCCCUCCCCCAUUAACGUUGAUCCUUACUGGUAUAGCUUUCUAUUAUCUUUUUUUUUCUAGGGUUGAAUCCCUUUUCUUCUAUUUAAUGAUAAGUGUUUACGAUAGGCAACUUGUCAUAGCGCAUUCUCGUGCGCCGUACCGUCCCUACGCCUUGCCUUCUCAGACCAUCGAGUUGCUACGAUUAAGGAAGGCUGUGGCCAAUUCUUAUUCAUAAAUGUGCAUCCUAAAUUAUUGGAAGGCAUACCUCUAGCGCGU